CUGUGUAUCUAUCACUCAACUACCUUUGUAGGUAAGGAACAUUUCAGAAGUAGUUACAUUCUGACUCGAUAUAUUUUAUCUGUUAUAUGUAAUGGUUAUAUCUUAUAUUUAUUUUAUUUGUAUGCUUUGUUAAGGUCACAGAUGGACAACUUGACAUUCAGAUACAGUGUACUACUAGUGGAGGGACUGAAUGUUACAUCUCAGUCAAGCCUUCCCGUGUUUAUCCUUCUUUUGCUUGCUUACGUAUUUAUUAUGAUCUCUAACACUGGUAUGAUGAUUCAGAUCUCACUGGAAAAAAGUUUACACCAACCUAUGUACAUUCUUUUCUGCAGCUUGACAUUUAAUGAUGUAAUGGGAGCCACUGUUUUUGUGCCACGUUUGUUGAGGGAUAUUUUAACAGACCCCUCUGAGCGCUUCAUCACAUAUGUAGAGUGUGUUAUUCAAGCUUAUUUUACACAUUUGUGUAGUACAGCAUCUCACACGGUGAUAAUAAUCAUGGCCUUUGACAGUCUCAGUCUGCGCCUGUCUCACUGCAGAUCAUUUAUUUCAAACCACUUUUGUGACAACGCUUCACUAUUUAAACUGUCUUGUGAAAGUACAGUGAUUAAUAAUGUAUAUGGAUUGACUUUCACUGUAGUUUUAUUUGCCUCCUCAGUAGGGAGUGUGGCAUUAACAUAUCUCAGAAUAGCGAUGGUAUGCUUCAAAAGUAAAAACAAAACAACAAACAGCAAAGCCAUAAAAACCUGCAGCUCUCACUUGACUGUUUAUAUAAUCAUGCUGGUCUCUGGAUCUGUUGGAAUUGUCCUCCAUCGUUUCACUGUAUAUGCUGAAACUAGGAAACUAGCUAAUGUAUUGUUUCAUGUUAUUCCACCAGUCUUGAAUCCCAUAAUAUAUGGUUUACAAGCCAAGGAAAUAAGACAAAGGAUUUUUUUUAUUUUUUUA